CGCGGCACCUUCCGGGUAUCGAGUACUUCUUCACAUUCAUCUCAGGUUCACUCCUUGACUCAAUUCAAAACCUUUUGGUCUUUCCAUCGAAUCUCAAAUCAGGAUUCACAAUCCAAGACCAACACCAUUCCGAACAACACAAAACUCAAUACCUCCAAGUCUAUCACAGUCAUCAGGAGCAUGAGUCCCAAACUUCUCAAAAAAGGAGAGAAGUUCCCUCUCGAUGAAAAUUGUCACCACUACACCAAACUCGGUGAAGUCCCCUGGGACAUCCAAAAAUACUGGCACCAACGUUUCUCAAUCUUCGAAUUCUACAACUACGACAUCCACCUAACCGACUCUGCCUGGUUCGGCGUCACGCCCGAACCGGUAGCCACGCGCAUCGCCCGGGACCUCUCCACUCACCCCAUCGCUGACGGAAAACGCGUGUUAAUCGACCUCUUUGGCGGCGCCGGAGGCAACGUGAUUGCCUUUGCUCUUUCCUCGGGGAGAUGGGAUCGCAUCAUUGCUAUCGAAAAGGACAGGUCGACGCUGGCCUGCGCCCAGCAUAAUGCGGAAGUGUAUGAUGUGCUGGACAAGAUUACGUGGGUGCAUGGUGAUUGCUUUGAGGUUAUGAAAAGGUUUUGGAAGACGACGAGGGGCACCAAGGGAAUGGAGAUGAAGGGGAGGGGAAGGGAGGGUGGAGAGGCGGCCAACAAGGGGCAGGAACAAGAGGAUGACAACGAGGAACUGGAUGGCCUCCUAGCGGGACUCAAGCUAGAAGAGUGUCUAGUCUUCGCCUCGCCGCCCUGGGGCGGCGUCUCGUACCGCGAUCAGGAGGUUUUCGAUCUUAGCAAGAUGGAGCCGUAUAACCUGGAGCAGCUGUACAAGGCAUGCACGAUGCCGCAAGAAGCAAAGGAGGAGCACCCAUCGACGCAGAAGCAAAAGCAUAUCCUGCCGCAGGCGCUGUUCUUGCCUAGGCAAAGCGAUUUGAACCAGAUUGCCGCUCUGGUACCGGAGGGUGCUCCAAAGAUUGACGUGGUUCAGUAUUGUCAAAAAGGAGCAAGCAAGGCGCUGGUGGCUUAUUUGCCGGGGAAUAUUGACGCCGGCAAGGAGGAUAAGAAGCAGUACGAGGAAAAGAGGGGGCAAAAGAAGAGAAAGCAGGAUGACGACCAGGAGCAAACGAUACCAGAGCUCCUCCCCGAGGCGCCAAAGGAGGCGUCGGAGGCCCAUGACGCUUACGAUACCUCCUACGCCCAGGACAUCGAAGUUGACACCUCCAAAGUGGACAACGCCGAAAAAAGGAAGCGAAAACGAAGGAGACGCUCAUCGCACAACAACUAGCAAUCACUGCGACCAUGGGAAGGAAAAGAAGUAGGAUCUCCCGGAGUACUAUGGUUAGGCUCGGGAACCAGGUGGCUGAUGAAGCCUCGGGAUUGGGAUAGGGUUUUAAGGAACAGGACAUGAUAUGGACAAUUGACGUUGGACGGAUGUGACACGAGCAUGCACAUACUGUAAGAGAUUUUCUUUCCCAUUUUGAUGGCCUUCUUUAUUACCACCACCGUCAGAGUCAUUGUCAGGAGAUCAAGGAGACGGGAAACAAACACCCUCUCUAUCGAUAUUGUACAAAGCAUAAAACAACCAUCAAGGAACAAAUUACGCUACCUCUAGCACGUAAACCAAACAGUAUCAGACUUUACUUAAACCUACUUCUUUUUUGUUUGGAAAUGCUCCAAGCAUCCUCCAUCCCAAUUACCACCUACUUUCCCCCCUAGACCUCACCGUCCCCGACCUCGAACUCGACCUACUCCUUCCCUCCCUCUCCCUCCCUCUCAACUCUCUCACAUCUCUCAGCCCCGCCGCUCCACCACCACCACCAUACGCAGAGCCGGCCCGGUCCUAAAGAGCCUUCACCACACUCCUUUCAUCAAACAGAUCCCUCAAUAAUCCAUUGACACACCCCUCCCAGUCCACUUCCGUCAUCUUGUACGUUGUCUCGAACGCAAAGAUACUCAGCUGUCCGAAAAACGGCCGGAGCACCUUGGCCACUAGUUCGUCUUUGCGCUCCAUGCCUACUUCGUCGGAGAUUUGACCUGGGAGGUUUCCCAGCAGGGGACGGCGGAGGGGUUGACCUUGACCGUCGAUUCCAUCGGUGGGGGAAAGGAGCGAGGACGGAUCUAGGCCUAAAGCUGCGGCUCCUGCUUCGGAUAGGGAGCGGGAGUGGGAGUGGUGGGCGUGGGCGUGGGGAGUGACAAGAGAACCGUUGAGUUCCUCAGAGACUUCAUCCACUAGCGCCACGGGCUGAUAACCGGCUGCGCUGGGCCGGUAGACGGCGUCGAUAGUGUCGGUGACGAAUAACCACUCAUGCAACUGGAAGUCAUCGGGCGCGACGCAGACGAGCAGAUCCAAAAGCUUGCAGGCUUGCAUGACGGCCGGGUUGCCGUAUAUGUCGCUGGGCGCGGAGUGGUCGGGCGCGACGACCGAGGAGAUGGCGGCGUGCAGCUCGGCGUUGACGACGGGCCAGAGCGGAGCGAGGUGGAUGGCACUGGUGCGGAGGACGAGGGCGCGCAUGACCAUGUAGACUUCGGCGCGGGUGGUGGAGGAAGGGGAAGAGGUGGCGGUGGCGCCGAGGAGCUCGACGAGCUUGUCGAGAAUGGACGGCAGCUCAGUUACGAAGGUGUCGUCGGUGGCGGCGAGGAUCAGGGUGGCGAUGCGCCGCAGGUUGAGUUGCGUCUUGCGGUCGGCUUCGAGGCGGGCGGAGGUGGCGCCGACGCCGAAGACAAUGCCCGCAGUCGAGGGCGGGGUGAUGCGGCCGAGGAUUUCGGGCAUGCGUUCCUUGUCUGCAACGGUCCAUUGCUUGAGGAGGGACAGCCAGUCGGUUUGCACGAGGCUCAGGUUGGAGCUGAAGAAGCGCGAAUCGUUGAAGGCAUCGGCAACGUCCUUCUUCCAGGACUUUUGGUUGUUAGGUAGGCGGGAUAGUUGGUGGAGCAACACCAGGGUGUUCUUUGACACGGUGUCGGGGAAGAACUUGGACCGCAGCGUUGGGCCGAUCACGUUGGCCGAGAUGGAGGUGGCAGCCGUGAGGAUGCGGUCAUUUUCAACGAGGAUCUUGGGCAGGUUGGGAACGAUAUUGGAGAGGAUCCCAACGACAUCGUCUGCGCGUUCGAAUGGAGUCCGGCUGGCUGCUACGGAAAGCGUCCGAGGGGCCUCAUUUGGCUUCUUUUCCGAGAGAAGAAGGUUGGUAGUGGAUGAAGAGUAGCUUGUCGAAGAGUUUUCCACGAAGCUGGUUGGCCGUGUAGUGAAGAUAGCCGCCAGGAGACGGAGGAAGAGAUCCGCCAGUUCACGACGCAUCUUCCUCUGUUCUCCAAAGUUGGUGUUGUCCACCUUCUCACCCAGAAUCGCAGCAAACUCCAGCAAACUUGGCAACGCCUGGCGAUGGGGCAGUGGGUUGCCGAGGAGGUCCUUCAGGAAGAUCAUGCAGUCCUGCCAUAUUUCAUCCAUCGCAUCAUCCUCCAGAGUGCGUGCGUAGUCAACCAGGAAAAUCACCACGUCUGUAUCCUGCAGCUCGAUAGUAAGGGUCGACCUCCUUGAGGGAUCCAGCGCGCCCGGGUUAGUCCUGCUGUAUAUAGCGUUGAAAAGUGCCGGGAUUGUAUGCUGCGGCCGCGAUCCAUCAAGGGCAGGCAAGAGAUUGAACACCUCGGCAGCCUUGGACGUAUCAGAACUAUCCAGUGCACCCCUCCAUAUCCCAAUCACCGUUUCCAAGCACUCUAGCGUCUCAGCAGCAAAAAGAUGCUCAAGGAGCCUCCGCGCUCGGUUUCUCAUCCGUAAAGAGGUGUAGUUAAACGAAGCGCCCGAAGAGUUGUCUUGCAGGGAGGCAUCGCUCCCUUGACCCCAGGACCAGAUCUUGAAGCAGAUGCGCACCGCAUCUUGGAAGGCCAAAAGGACGGUAAGUCGGUCGUUAGCUGUGGCGCUCCGGGUUUGCGGUGUGUCGGAUGAGAAGACACCGGAGACCAUGUUGCCGAAAAAGCCUUGAGGCUGGUCUGGGUUCUUGACAACCUGGGCUCUGGCCUCUUCAGCCAGUAGCCUGUCGUGUCCCCUUGCCAGUACCUGCUCGAGGCCAUUCAGUAGGGAUAUUAAGGUAGUCUCGGGACCAAUCUGACUGUGCG